AUGCCGCUGGUGAAGAGGAACAUCGAGCCCCGUCACCUCUGCCGAGGGGAGCUCCCAGAAGGCAUUGGGAGUGAGCUAGAGUGUGUGAUGAACAACACACUCUCUGCCAUCAUCCGACAGCUCAGUAGCCUGAGUAAACAUGCGGAGGACAUAUUCGGUGAGCUGUUUAAUGAGGCCAACACCUUCUAUCUGCGUGCCAACUCACUCCAGGACCGCAUUGACAGGCUGGCUGUCAAGGUCACGCAGCUGGACUCCACAGUAGAAGAAGUUUCCCUACAAGAUAUCAACAUGAGGAAAGCCUUCAAGAGCUCCACCACUCAGGACCAGCAGGUGGUGUCCAAGGGCAGCGUGCCCAAUCCUGUCAGAGAGAUGUACAAUCUGAGUGACAAGCCUCCGCCUCUCAACAUCCUGUCUACAUACAGGGAUGACCACAAGGAAGCACUUAAGUUUUACACUGAUCCCUCGUACUUCUUUGACCUGUGGAAAGAAAAGAUGCUGCAGGACACAGAGGAUAAGAGGAAAGAAAAGAGAAAGCAGAAGGAGCAGAGACGCUGUGUGGAUGGCACAUUACAGAGGGAGGUCAAGAAGGUCCGCAAGGCAAGGAACCGUCGACAGGAGUGGAAUAUGAUGGCUCUGGAUAAGGAACUGAGGCCUGAUCACCGACACACUAUACAUAGAGACAGAGGUGCUUCUUCUGAGGGCUCAAUGUCUCCAGAGAACAGGGGUCAUGGUCCUGAUCAGCAUCACUAUCCCAAUGCCAUGAACCAUGCUGGCCACGCCCACACCUACUCAGGCCCACCGCCCAGCAUCCUGGCUGCCCAGAUGGCUGCAGGACACACUGCCCGAGGAGGAAGUGACCAUGACAACCGAGGCAGGACCAUGGCCUAUCCAAGUGGGACACUCGGCCGAUCUCACCACCAGGUCCCACUCCCUCCUCCACCCACUGAGGCUAUGAAUGGAGGCUCAAUGUCCCUCCCACCAGUGGACUACAGUAUGGAUGGCUAUGCCAACACUCCUCCUCCCCCUCCUCCCGCCCCUCUCAUUCCUUCUGCCCAAACUGCUUUUGCCUUACCUCCUGGAGGUCCGAUGCCUCCUGGACCAAUGAGUGUAGCUGGAGGCUACGCUCCUCCUCCACCACCUGUGUCUGGUGCACAGGCAGCCCCACCUCCCCCAGGUCCUCCACCUCCUCCCCUUCCAGCUGGUGCCUCCCACUCCACAACACGCAAGAUGUCCUCCUCUGCACCUGCUGAGACGACAGUGGUCAGUGAUGCUCGCAGUGAUCUGCUGGCUGCCAUACGCAUGGGCAUCCAGCUGAAGAAGGUGCAGGAGCAGCAGGAGCAACAGGCGAAGAGAGAGCCAGUUGGAAACGACGUGGCCACCAUCCUGUCGCGGCGCAUCGCAGUGGAAUACUCCGACUCGGAGGACGACUCCGACUUAGAGGAGAACGACUGGUCCGAUUAACGCACACUCAAAUUUACAAAAACACACACUUGGAAUAACCACUAAAGGCACACACACACUGAAAGAAUGCCCACUGUACCACAUUCACAGGUUACUGCACACAUUGUUGCUGAAAACACACACUUUACACCUACACACAAUCACAUGCUGUAGGUUGAUAUAAGCUGAAUGGUCCAAAACUGGAAAUAUGGGGGUGUAUUCAACAUGCAUACACACUGUAAAGUAAUAUACUGUAAUCCUGACCACUCUAUGAAACUUUAAGGUUCAGUUUGACAAUUAUAUUCAAAGGCAUUGUGAAUACACCCCAAUAGAUGUUUCUUUAACCUGUUGUAACACUAUAGACACCCAGUGAAGGUGCUUAUUUCAUGUAUAGUCAAAGCUUAAGAGUGUUAGAAAUGCUAGAAACUUUCCUCUUGAGCUAACCAAUGUACUUGUCUUUUUUUUAACGUUUUUACUGAAAACAGUUGCUUAUGCCAUAGACCAUGAGGCAAGUUUUUAAUGUGUAGAUGACAAUAACUGGAAGCUGAAGGAGUGAUUGGGGAGAGUGUUUGAAAAUGCUGUGAGAAAACAGGAUGUAAGGGCCAUAUGUAAACAGUCUUACUGAUGAUGAAAACAGUAUACAAAGUGAUUAAGUGACUGAGCCGUCUGCAUGUGCAGGAGUUCAGUGCUGUUCACUGCUGUGGGGCGGGGGUGACGAUGUAUAUGCUAGUGUGAGCUCUGAUAAAUAAAAUGAUGAAUGAAGGAUCAUG